UCAAUUGCUGCUAUGCAGUAAUGUACUUGUAUCCUCUAUUGUUUCUAUACUUUAUUAUUUAUUAGCUGCCAGCAAUAUUGUGAUGAUGUUGUCAAUGUUAGAAUUAUAGUGUUGUCCUUUAGUAGGUAUCUGCCGAAAAUCCCGACUUUUCCGAGUUAUAUGUACUUUCUAAAUUUAAACACCACUAAGAAACGGUGAAGGAAAAUAUGGCGAGGGAACUUGAGCUUAUAAUUUGUACUCAUAAGUGAGAAAUCGCUAACCCGAUUUGAGCAAGUGUAGUGAUUCUCUAUGUGAGACGAGAGUGUUUCUCAACAUUGGGAUAUUUACAGGCUGAUGAUGAUGAAUGUAACACAUUCGAAGGUUCGGAGUAUGUUGCUCCCCACUAGCACCGACUGAAGCGCACCAUCGGAGAGCCUGAAUGUGUUGGAUGUUGAAGAAGUAUCGGUACAAAGCAUUGUACUGGUUGGCGCUUUGUUGUUUUCGUCUACCCCCUUGGGAUGAAAGCGUAAACUUAUAUAUGUACGUUGCGGAAGGAAGUUAUAUGAAAAAACACAUACCCAGAACAAAAUCUAUUAUACAUAGACACGUUUUAAAUAAUAAAAAUGGCGGCGAAGAAAGGUCCUGAACAAAAAAGUUUGCUUCCGCAACUAAAUAUUCUGCCAAAAGUUGUUAAUGGUGGUAUUGCGAGUAUUGUGGGUAUAUGCUUAGUGUUUCCAUUGGAUUUAGUAAAGACAAGACUACAAAACCAAACGAUCGGCCCAAAUGGCGAGAAGCAAUAUAAAAACAUGUUAGAUUGCUUCAAGCAGACUUACAGAGCAGAAGGCUACUUCGGCAUGUACCGAGGGUCUGGUGUCAAUAUCCUACUGGUCACACCAGAGAAAGCUAUUAAGUUAGCUGCCAAUGACGUAUUUCGGUACCAUUUGGCUAAUCCAGAUGGAACUAUAACGAUCUUAAAUCAGACGAUUUCUGGUGCUGGAGCCGGGCUGUACCAGGCUUUAAUCACCACACCUAUGGAGCUCCUGAAAAUCCAGUUACAGGAUGCUGGGCGAAUCGAAGCACAAAUAAAAGCUGCGGGAGGACAGAUUCCACCUAGACCAACUGCCUGGGGACUAACCAAAAAAUUAUAUGCUGAAAGGGGCUUCUUCGGAUUUUAUAGAGGCAUAAGAGCUACAGCGAUUCGAGACGUUGGCUUCAGUGCGCUGUAUUUCCCCAUGUUCGCAAUCCUCAACAAGAUGGGACUGAAGGAAGAUGAAGUAACUCCACCUUUCUGGUGGUCGUUCAUUUCGGGCUAUAUUGCGGGGUCUACAGCAGCUGUUGCCGUCACUCCGGCGGAUGUGAUCAAAACCCGCAUGCAGACAAUCUCCAAAGGCACUGGCGAACGGCAAUAUACGGGGGUUGUGGAUUGCAUUACGUCCACGAUCAAGAAAGAGGGCAUAACAGCGUUGUUCAAGGGUGGGUUGUGCCGUAUGAUCGUGCUCGCACCACUGUACGGCAUCGUGCAGACGGUCUACUACCUCGGCAUUGCGGAGAAACUACUAGGCUACAAAAUUGAGAAAUCUGUCUGAACACCUAAUGAAACACUCUAAUAACUGCUUACAGAUGAAGUGGUUCUUACACUAGUAUCGUUUUCCAAUAUUUGUAUAAGAAUCUUCUUAUUUUAAGUAUAUUUUAACUUUUACUACAGUUUCACUUCCAGGGGUGGUUUAAGCAACAGUGCAAAAGGUGUGGUGCACUCUUGCGCCGAAUAUUGAGGGGUGCCAAGAGCCGCACACAGUCGGUACCUACAGUGUCCAUGUAAUGGCCCAGUACCUAUGUCGUUACUGGUCGCUGAGAGGACACUGUCAUUAAAGACCUUCCUUCAGGUAUCCUUAAAGUGGGCAAUUAUGUACAUAGUUAUUUUCAAAAGAGGCAAAUAGGCUUUUUAUACGCUGCUCAACCAAAUCGAAUUCUUCAAGGAACCUCCUCCUGAAUGCUGUUAUUUCUAUAAAAGUUGUGUUUUAGUAACAUUAUAUACAAUGUUUCCUUUCAAAUCUUUUCCGAUCGUCUACCGCCAACAAAAAACAUGCGGGUAGACAUUACAGAUGUGUGUAACAUUUAUCUGUAGCAGCUGACUAUGAUGAACCAAAAAAAUCAGUACCUAAUCAUUUUGAUUGGUAAAUAUGAUAACAGUAGUUUACAAGAAUGUGUAAAAAGUGAAAUGAAAUGAAUGAUAGACGAAAUAACGCAAGUCGCAACCUGCAAAGGUUAUUUGUAAAAACUGUCUAUCAAUAAUAAUGCAGGAUAAUGUGAAGCAUCGACGAUGUUACGAGUAUGUAAGUGUUGUGUCAUAAGUCAUAAGGCUCAACAGGACAAACUCUUACAUGCACUAAGCUGGUACUAGAACACUGAACAAAUAACGAAGGAGGAAAGUCAGUCGACUGCUUCGUCUCCCUAUAGGGUCAACGGCAUAUCGAACCAACAAGAAGACAUGUUGUUGACUGCUGUAUUUACUUUUGAAAGUCGAGACAACAAACUUGACAGAUUUGCUUAAACAAAGCUCCCAAGUGAGCUUGAUAACGGCACACAGUAAAACUAAGGAUAGUGUUCAGCGUAUCAUACAAAAUAAAAGGAGAGGGCAGUUUUAAUGAUCAUAAUAUAAUAUAUACUGCGCUUCGAACUUACAAAAUAGUAUACUGACACAAUGAAAUGCAGAACGUAGGUACCGCUACGUCUUUGUGGCAGAAGCAAAUGUAGAAAAUUAUUGAUUGAUGAUUUGAAAGCAAAGCAACAACAUCUACAUAAUCUGUACCCUUAGUACGAGUUUCUUUUACGUUAAAUGAAACGAGAGCGCAUUCGGCGUUCCGAUUGGCCAGCGCGAAUGAACCAACCAAUCAAAGUGGCGAACGUAAACUAAAACAUGCUAAAGAUAUAACAGAAUAUGCAUACCCCAAAGCUAGAAAUAUCUUCAUUAACUACUUUUACAUGAAUGAUUUUGUUUUUGGGAAAGACUCUGGUGCUACCGAUGCUCCUAAAAUAUAGCUCAGUGAGUUACUAAAAAAGAAGGAUUCAACUUAAGACAAUGGAAAACAAACGCAAACCAUUAUCUUGGAAGAAUUAAAAAUGUUAGGCAAGGGUGGUAUUACUACAGCGUUAACUUCUCGUAUGCCGAUGGAAUCCACCGAUAGCUACAGAUUGUUUGUAGAUUCGAAACUUUGGUGGAACAAACCAAAUUGGUAUAAAAUAACCAUACUAGAAAACCAUCAAAAUAAUUGCCUAACUUAUAUCAUAAACACUGAGUUGAAAUAAACAUGUUUAUAGAUAUGCAUUUUUCUGGGUAGGACCCAGUCAAUACAAAUUGCAAAUGCUUGCAAGGAUUUUAGAUCGAGUAACAUUUGUAUACCUACGCUCAUUAAACUCAGUUAAUUGCUAAACCGAGUAAACUAAUACAAAGUAGGUUAUAAAUGUCACCACCGCUAUGUGAGCAAUAACUUUUCAUUAAAUUGCAAUUCAUGAAUUUUUGCCCUUACUGCUGCUACUUCUGAUUUUGUAUUAAUACCUAUUUAUGUAACACCAUGGACUACACCAUAUUAUUAUGUAUUUUGCUUACUUUUACAACUGCCCUUUAUAUAACAUGCUUUAAAUAUUGUAGCUACGUACAUAGGCAAACAUUAUUAUGUUUGCCCCAACUAAAAUAGUGCGGUUCUUAAGAACCACGGGCUGAGACCAAGUGCAGUUCUAUGUACCGUGUAAGGCGAUAUGUAUUUAGAAGGAUAUAGAUCAAUGAGCUAAAAUAUUUUUGAGAUAGCUCCCAAGGGGAAUAAAAUGAUAAAGCGUCAUAUUCCCGAUGUCUUGCCGCAAGGUGCCUUGUGACUUGUGGCUGUUUGAGCCCUCAAGGUGCUCUGCAGGUUUAUUAUACUUUUACACAUUUGCUAUCGUUUACUUAUCUUAACUUUAUUUUUUACAUUUACUAUUAACUUUGUAUUGUUAUUUUUUGCUUUUUAUGGAGUGUGCUAAUGAGAUAAUGGUAGAGUGUGGUUCCGUACCGCACUAUAUAAAAGAAUAUAGCCUGAGGCCUGAAUUCAGAGUCAGGCAAAAUGUUGUUUUUGUAGUUUCCUUAAUUAUUAUUCCUUGUUAUAAAUAGUUUUACACAUUUUCUGUUGUUGUUUACUUUUUUAACUUUAGUUAUUUACUUUACAUUUUUGUUACUUGUUUUAAUAUUUCUUAGUAUUAGGUUAGGUAUUUAUUUGCUCUGUCAUGGAUGCUCAUCCUAUAUAACGACAAAUGUAUUUCCGCGAAAUUCGCGAGUCUUGAGUCGUCCUUAAUUUAAUAGGUAUACGUACCGAUGACUGUCGCAGACUUCGGAUUAGCAUCCAAUGAAAGCUUUAUGUAACUUUUACGAAUAAACUUUUAAUUGGGAAA